GUGUGAGUCAGAGCUGCACAUGGUGCAAACAAGAGAAGCACGGAGCACUUUUAAAAGGAUUCAGUCAGUGAAGCAGUUUGAGCCAGAUCAGUCAUGGUGUGUAAGAAGCUGUGUGUCCCACUACUUCUGUCCCUUCUGCACUGCUGCACGCAGGGUCUGGAGUCCUAUGACCUACUCUAUGACAAUGGGAUAGAGGCAUAUUACAGAAAUGACUACCAGAAAGUGGUGUAUUAUAUGGAGAUGGCUCUCAGCAGUUACUCCCAGCUCAGGCAGACUAAGAUCAGCUGCAGGGUUGGCUGCAGGCAAAGGCACUCGAUGGACUUGGCACAGAAUUCAUGGGAUUUGAGCUUUUCUAACGUCGUACUGUCCAGGGCAGCUUGUGUGAACGAGUGUGAAGAGAGCAGCCUGGGUCCUGUGUCCAGACACAAAGUCAGUGAGGAUAUCAAGAGCGAGUUCUACCGGAGAAUCCCUUACAACUACCUGCAGAGGGCGUACUUCAAAUUGAACCAGCUGGAUAAGGCAGCAGAAGCCGCUCAUACAUUCUUCAUGGCCAAUCCAGAACACAUGGAAAUGAAGCAGAAUCUAGCAAACUACCAUUUCAAGUCAGAUGAUCACCUAGUGGAUAGGGAGCGCUGUGCUUAUAUGGAAGAUUAUCAUGAGGGUGUAAGACUGUAUGACACAGAGCAAUACACACAAGCCAUUGAAAAAAUGGAGGAGGCUUUAAAAGGCUAUUUCCGAGCUGACGCAGAGUGCCGAGCUCUAUGUGGUGGCCCCCAGAAGUUUGAGGAUUAUGAAUAUGUGGGAUAUAGUGCAAGUUUCUACGAGCGCCUUGCAGCAGAUCACUAUAUCCAGAUCCUGGCUUGUGAGCAUGAGUGUGUGAGGGAUCUCUCUACACGUCCUGGCCGAUUAUCACCUAUUGAGAAUUUCCUGCCCUUGCACUAUGACUUCUUACAGUUCAGCUACUACAGAGUUGGAGAUCAUGUGAAAGCUUUGGAAUGUGCCAAAUCCUAUCUGCUCUUCCACCCUGACGAUGCUGAUGUUUCUGAAAAUGUUAGUUUCUAUGAAAGCUUGUUAGCUGAGCAUAUGGAUCCCCCGAAAAUUCAGCCUAGAACCGAUGCAGCAGAAUUUGUUAGACGCCACAGACUUGAGGCUGAAAUCUUAAUAUCUGCAGCUGGCGGACUGGGAUUUACAUAUUAUGAGCCGGACUUCUGGGUUACUGGUGGAGAUCGGCAAGAUGAGAACAGGCUGCCGUCAGGUGCACAGACUGAGCUGACUGAUGUCACCGGAAUGUUGACAGGAAAGAAAGCUGUCCAGAAAGUGGACCGAGAUCUAAGGGAGGGGGGCCCUCUGCUGUAUGAUGAAGUGAAACUUGUAUAUAAUUCUGAUUAUCUCAACGGGACGCAGAGAGUCCAGCUGGAUAACGUUAUAUCAGAGGAAGAAUGUCAGGAGCUGCAGGGAGUUGCUAAUACUAUAACUAUCGCUGGAGAUGGAUACAGAGGAAAAACUUCACCACACACCCCAAAUGAAAAAUUUGAAGGGGCUACAGUACUAAAGGCAUUAACGUUUGGUUACGAAGGCCGGGUGCCCAUGAAGAGCGCUCGUCUAUUUUAUGAUGUAAGUGAGAAGGCUCGGAAAAUUGUACAGUCAUAUUUCAUGCUGAAUACAACGCUAUUUUUCUCAUACACGCAUCUGGUCUGUCGGACAGCACUGCUGGGUCAGCAGGAUCAUAGAAAUGAUCUGAGUCACCCAAUACAUGCUGAUAAUUGCUUGCUGGACCCAGAAGCCAAUGAAUGUUGGAAGGAGGCCCCAGCCUACACAUACAGAGAUUACAGUGCACUACUCUAUCUGAAUGGGGAUUUUGACGGAGGAGAGUUUGUGUUCACAGAAAUGGAUGCUAAAACAAUCACAGCCUCCGUUAAGCCCAAGUGUGGUCGUCUAGUUGGGUUUUCUUCAGGAGGAGAGAAUCCUCAUGGGGUCAGAGCUGUCACCAAUGGACAGAGGUGUGCAGUGGCCUUGUGGUUCACAUUAGAUCCAAUGUACAGAGAACUGGAACGGCUGCAGGCAGAUGAAGUUAUACGGACACUGGAUAAAGAAAGUCAUGGUGGUGGUGGAGGAGCACAGGAAAUGGCUAUCAACCCCAGGGAUGAGCUAUAACAGGGAU